AUGGAUUACCAAUGGGACCUCAAGAAACAUGAAAAGCCUGCACUGCCCACCCUGGCUGCCUCACCUUCGCAGGUGCGCCACAAUUACCAUCCCGAGUGUGAGACUGCAGUGGACGUCCAUGUCCAGCUGCAGCUCUAUGCAUCCCACCUGACCCGGGCCAUGGCCUUGUACUUCGACCGCAACUACGUGACGCUCAAGGGCUUCGCCUGCUACUUCCUGAAGCGCUCGCUGAUCGAGAGGGAGCGUGCAGAGAAGAUGGCCAGAAUGCAGAACCAGCGUGGAGGCCGCAUCACGCUCUGCCAAGUGCCCGCGCCUCAGCCCAGCCACUGGGACAGCGGCCUGCACGCCAUGGAGAGCGCCUUCAAGCUGGCCAAGAGAAUCAACCAGAGCUUCCUGGACCUGCACCAGCUGGCCACUGUCAGGGACGACCCCGAGCUCUGCCACUUCCUGGAGACCCACUACCUGCACCAGCAGGUGCAGCACCUCAAGGAGCUGGGAGACUACCUGACCAACCUGCGCAGGAUGGGCAGCCAGGACAGCCGCAUGGCCGAGUAUCUCUUCGACAAGCUCUGCCUGCAUUGCUCAUACUAA